AUGUUGGAAAUGGACGUCCGCAAUCAAAAAUUGGAACAACAGAGACAGCUCAUGGAGCAGAAAAUGAAACAAAAAAGACUUACGUCGGGCAUGAUACAGGUAUCAGAUAUUCGGAAUAAUUCUGCAAACAGUAGAAACAGUGUUAAUUCAAAUAGGAGAGAUCUUCAUGGUUAUGAUGGCCCUCUUCAGUUUGCAAUGAGUAAUGAUAAUAACCCCGAUCAAGUUAUAUCCAUUUUGCCCAGUGUGGAUAGUAUGGAUGGAACAUUGGUAGAAGAUCUAACCAAUGCAUCAAGUGACUUAAUGGAUGUGGAAGAUGAAGAAUCUUCACCUGUAGCCUCUACACCAAAUGACAAUGGCAACAUGCCGAUUAAUCCAAUUCCAGACAAACCAAACUUUAUACAUCACGUUAAUGGGGCUUCAGAAGUAGAAGGUGAUAUAGAAGGUAAUGUAGAAAAGUUCAUCUUACAGCCUGCCCAACUCAAGGUACUAUACAAAUGUAGGAUAACGAGAGAUAGAAAAGGAAUGGAUAGGGGGUUAUAUCCAACUUAUUACCUUCACCUAGAGAAAGACUAUGGCAAGAAAGUGUUUCUUUUGGCUGCUAGAAAAAGGAAAAAGAGUACUACAAGUAAUUAUUUGAUAUCUACUGACCCAACUGAUUUGUCUCGAAGUGCCGACUCAUUUGUUGGCAAACUCAGGUCUAAUUUGAUUGGAACUCAGUUUACAGUGUAUGACAAUGGCAUAUCUCCGCGCAAGGCAAAUUUGAAGGAUGGUGUAAUUCCUAGACAAGAACUAGCUUCUGUUAUUUAUGACACCAAUGUUUUAGGAUUUAAAGGUCCUCGCAAGAUGACUGUAAUUAUACCAGGGAUGGUGGAUGAACAAAGGGUUACCAUAUAUCCUCAGGAUGAAAGUGAAGGUCUUAUAGAAUCAUGGAAAGCUAAAAAUAUGGAUAAUAUCACGGAAUUACACAACAAGACACCAGUUUGGAACGACGAAACCCAGUCGUAUGUUUUGAACUUUCACGGCAGAGUUACUCAAGCAUCUGUUAAGAAUUUUCAAAUUGUUCAUGACAGUGAUACAGAUUACGUUGUUAUGCAGUUUGGUAGGGUUGCUGAAGAUGUAUUUACCAUGGAUUUCAGGUAUCCUUUAUGUGCACUACAAGCUUUCGCGAUCGCUCUGAGUAGCUUUGAUAGCAAGUUGGCGUGUGAGUAA